ACCACAACCACCUCGUCACUAGUCUUGCCCAUCAUGUCUGCGUUUCCUGACUCGCACUCACAAAAUGUCGGCCGGAUACUUUCCCAAGCGCGAAAAGGUGGGCCUUGAGGACCUGUUCAAAGGUCUCGUCACCGCCUCCCACAUCCUCCAUUACCACGGCAUUCUCGACGCCUACGGUCAUAUCUCAGUGCGCAGCCCUGACAACCCUGCGACGUUUUGGAUGACAUGCAGUAUCUCGCCCGCGCUGGUCAGCUCUCCCGAUGACCUAAUCGAAUACAAUGUCGACGACGCAAGCGAAGUAGAGAAGAACGCAAAGCCAGGCUAUCUCGAGCGGCAUAUCCACAGCGAGAUAUACAAGAAGUUUCCGGCUGUCAACAGCGUAGUGCACAGCCAUUGUAGCGAUGUUCUUCCGUACUGCAUCAGCGGUGUACCGUUGAAGGCCACCACUCAUAUGGCAGGGUUCUUAGGCACAAACGUUCCUGUAUGGGAUGCCUCCUCGGCCUACCCUAGUGGCUCGAAGCACGACCUGCUUGUCCGUAACGCUCAGCUCGGCGCCUCUCUCGCUGCAACCUUCAAACCCGCCACCUCAGCUGGCUUUCUAUACUCCAAGGUCCGCUUGGCUCUGCCUUCGCAGAUGGGUGGCUCCCAGGAGCCAGACAAGGAGCCCAACAACGCCGUGGUCCUGAUGCAGAGUCAUGGCUUCACAACUCUGGCACACGGCAUCGAGGAAGCGGUUUAUCAGGCCAUCUAUACGAAGCAGGCUGCGAAAGCGCAGACUACGGCGUUGACGAUACGGAACGCCUAUUUCGGACAUACAGUCGAGGGUAAGGUCGACGUGGAAGGCGGUGGAAAGAUCAAGUCUGCAAAGGUCAAGGCAGAAGGUGAUGUGAAGUAUCUGAGCGAUAAGGAGGCGCAUGACGCCUGGGAGGCCAACCAAGCUACCGUGGCGCGACCAUGGGGUCUUUGGUGCCGAGAGGUCGAAGUCAAUCCGUUAUACAGGAACGAGUGUCCUGGGUGCGACGACGACUAGAAUGAGUGCGUUGUCUGGGCAGAGAAUGCACUUAAAGGGCGAAAAGGUGUGCUGGCUCUAGUGUUUAAUCACAGUUCACUCUUCUCUAUCUAUAUUAUACGCCGUUCUUCCUUCUAUCCUGUCUCCUUUCCUACCUUCCCUCCUCUCUCUUCGUGUUAACUCCCUCCGAAACAUACAUAUUGUACUUCCCUUCUCGCCAAGGCCUAACCGAGAAUAGAACAUCUUUAUAUGGCCAGGAGC